GUUAGGCAAAGGUCGGGGAGUCUGGGUCUCUGGUUGACAGGAUGUGGGAACCUGGACUUCUAGUUCCCCAGAGAGGAGGGGAACAGGGCCCGGAUUUCUGGAUCGAGGGGUCCCGACUUCUGGGUCUAGAAAUGGGAAGUUACCAGAGACCUGGAUUCCUGGAUUUGGGUGUAGUAGAGGGCAGAGCUGGGUCACCUGGUUUCUCAGGAAGAUAGCUUGGUUGGGUCAUCCCUCCACUGAUGAUCCAGCCCCUAAGUCCCUUCCCCACUCCAGAUAUUGUCCUUUAUUGCUGUUCCUUUAAAAGCCCAAGCCUGUCGCUAGGCUCCCUGGAUCCCCAGGGAGGGGUCAGGAGCAUCACCUGUGCCCCUGGGAUCCCACCCCCUGCUUCCCCUCCCAGAGCCAUUCUACAGCAUUUGUCGAUCUCUGUACCCAGCUCUGCUCACCUGUUUUUAUCUUGGACCCCAUUGGAGCAGGUAAGAGACCCCAGGACCCCAAGUGACUCUAUCCCAUUUGGGUGUCUGCUGGCCCCAUCCCCACCUGACCACAGACCUAGAUGUCUCUGCCCUAGACCAGCUCCUGAGACCUUGGGAUCCCAGCUCCAUCCUCAAUAAACAGAGACCCGAGUCCUGCCCCACAGCUGUCUCCUCCUGAAAACUGAGGAAUCUAGACCUCUACACCCCUAUCUCUGGAGGACACAAGACUCAGAGUUCCCAAUCUCCUUCUAACUCAGGACUCAGGAGUUCAAGACAUUCAUUUCCUUUCUCCCCUGUAAUCCAGUCCCCCAAGCUUUACUCCCUCAAAAUUCUAGGCAUCUGAACCUUCAGGCCUCUCUUUUCUAAAUAAUUAGGAAUUGAGGCCCACAGUGCUCUCCACCUUCUGGGAACCAGGAGUCUGAACCCCAAGAAGCCCUCUUGACCAUAACCCAGGAGUCUCCCUCCUCCCCCAGUUCCAGGCAUUCAGGCCCCCAGCCCCCAGACGUUCCUUCUGAGCCUCCUCUAAUAUAAACAACUGUUGAGUCAAGGUGUCCUCAAGUUCCUAGGAGAGAAAGGGAUCCUGUGUCCCCUCAGAGGUCUAAAUCCUUCGAAGUCGAAGUCAAGGAGGUCUGGGGGCUUGGAAAGGUGUCAUUAUUUCCCAAUUUUCCCGAGACCCCACCCGGGAAACAGAUAAGGAAAUUACGACUCCCAAGAAGCCCCGCGCCUCAGUCUCCCUUAGCUACAGCGGCUGCCGCCCCACAGCCUUUAGGGAGUUGCUUCUCAUCCUUUGCCUGGCGCCUAGCUAGGCCUGGACGCUACCCAGGGACCAGUGGGCGUGGCCUAUGGCGUGGGCGUGGCCUCAGGAGGCGGCUGUUGCUCCCGGGCUGCUUCGGGUUUUAACCCCUUCCUUCCCGCUCCUCUGCUGCUAUAGGUGCCUUCCAGAGCUAUGAAAUCCUUCAGCCCGAUCCUCUUUCUUCUCAUCUUCCUCUUCGCCCAGCUGGGUUCCAGGGCUGCCCCUUCGGCCUCACCUCCUGCGUGCUCCGACUUCCCAGGGAUGGGCCACCCCUCUCAGCCCUUCCCUCAUGCUUCUGAAAAUUCCACUCUCAAUGAGCCUAACCCAGAAUCUCCUGGGACUGCUUAUCUUGAGCCCUCCAAGACACCUCAUGCGGUUUCCCCUGAGCCCUCCCAUCUUGACUUCACUGAGACCCCCAAAACUCACCUCCCAGAAACCCCACACCCAGAGUUUCCUGAGACCCCCAAACCUAACUCACUCAACACCUCAAUAUCAGAAUCCCUUGAAACCCUCCAAAUUAACCCCUCCAAAAUGACACAUCCAGAACUUUCUGAGACCCUCAAACCUGACCCAACUGAAAGUCUACACAUAGAAUCCCUUGAGACCUCUGAACCUAAUUCGUCCAAAACUUCACACCCAGCAUUUCCUGAGACCCCAAACUCUGACCCUACCCAAACUCCACAACAAAAAUCCCCAGAGAUUCCCAAACUUAGCUCCACUGAAAUCUCACCUACAGAAGCCCCUGGGACCCCAAAUCCUGACUCCACCAAAACUCUUGAACCCAAAUCUCCAGAAACCUAUGAUCCUAACACCACUGAGACCGCAAACUCUGAAUUCCUUCAGACACCUCAACAUGACCCUACCAAAAUCCCCCACCCAGAAUCCCAUGUAAGCCACACCACCAAUCCCACUGAAAUUCCCCCAACUGAAUUUCCCACAACCCCCUACCAAGAUGCAACAGAGAUCCUCAAGACCUCUGACCCUGAGGUCUCCACUAGUCCUCACCCAGAAACACCCACUCCCUUCAGGGAAGAAGUUACUGCCCUAAAUGAGCUGCCCUUGAAACCCAGCCCAGAAAUACUUGCAGUCACCCAGCUCGACCCCCUCAAAUUGCCCACCUCAGAUUCUCCUGGGACAGUUGAGCUGAAGGCCCCCCAGAACUUUAGUCCUAAAGGGCCUGACGGCCUUUCUCCCUCAGCCCGGAUUGCGGGGCCCCCUGCUCCUCCAGGGCCCCCCACUCAGCCGGCCCCUGCCACUCCGCGGGCCCCCCAGCGGCGCAGCCGAGGUGAGAGAGUCAACACUAUCAUCGUGGUGGAACGAGUGGAGGAGACCGGCGUGACCCUGGUGGGGCGUUCCCGGGGCGCGGCAGGUGGAGCCCUCUGCCUAUUCUUCGCCGGGACAGGGCUACUUAUCGGCAUUUUCCUGCUGCUGUGGUGUCUCUACCGCCGGGCGGCUCGACACCGGCCCUUCGCACACCACCGGCUUCCGAACGACGGAGAUGAACCGGUUAUGCAUUUGGACGCCCCGAAGGACCCCUGUGAUCUCUACUUUUAUGCACCGGACGCCUGGGUUCCUUCACACAUCGCCACCAAGCAGCCGCCGCCCACUCCUCCGCUGCCGCCCAAGCUGCCCCCGCCGCCUCGCGGGGGCCGCCCCCAGCUCCUGGAGCCUCUCUCCCCCGCCACGCUUCCCAACAACUUCGUGUGAGCCUGGCCAGACCUUGGCCAGCGCCAAAUAGAGGAAAGAUUCAGAGGUUCUGUCCUCCUGGCCCGCUUUGCUACAUAGUGGUCCUCUAGGAUAGAGGGUCCAUCAGAGAUGCUUUAGAUGUGACCGGAGAACACAGUCUGAGGCACAAUAAAUCACGUA